GCACAGUGAGGCUCUGUUUGAACAUUAGAGUGCACCUCUGGACACAUUGCCAAUCUAACGACAGAGCACAACUGAACUCUUUGUCAACGAAGUGGAUCGCUCUCACCUUUGACCCAAAAUGAGUCGUGUGGAAGAAUGGGUUCUAGAAAACAAAGGCAAGAUUGAAAAGGGAGUAGAAAUCAUGGGGAAAGGCUGUGAGAUUCUGGCAGCCACUGUAGGCCAAUUUCACCCCAUUCUGGAGGCUGUGUUUGUUGCAUCUGCUGAGUUACUCACCAACCCUGAGGGAAAAGAGGCCAAGUACCUGGCUGAGCAAUUUGAAAGGGUUAACCAGAAGCUGGAGGGCAUCCAAGAUGAGAUUGAAAAAAUAGCCCUGGAGCUGCAGCGGACUUCCAUGAACAAGCAGAAUUUUGACCGUGAAGCCCAGAUGAUCAGUCAGUACGAGAAGUUCCAAGACUUUGUUAAUGCUAAGCCCACGUUCAAAGAAAAGAAGAAGGAGAAAUUCCUAAGCCACUAUGAGAACACAGAUGGGGAUAUGAAUCUCGAUGCUUUGUACAAUGCUGUGACUGGAGAGAACAUUUCUGGAGAUGCAAUGCUGGAGACUGUAGUUGCUACAGAGCAGAGAAGCAGGAGGGCUGUGGAGGAGUUCUGUGCCCAUCUGAAGAAGCUGUUUGUAGUGGGCAUAAUAGCAGUCAUGGGUUAUGCUGCUCUGAAAGAUGGAGAAGUGGGUAAGGUUAUGGUGAAGAAAUGGCAGGAUCGCAUGGAGAAUAUAGAGAAACGCAUGAAGGCAGCAGUGGACGAGUGCACUCAGAACUUUGCUGUCCAGGCCAAGAUGGAUAUUGAGAGCCAUCUUCUGCAGAGGCAAGCCAGCAUUGACCCAGAAUUUACAAAAUUUCUUCUGGAUCAUCUUGCGAAGAAAUAUGACUGGGUUUCCUGGUCCAUUAGAGUCUUUAGUCAUGGUGGCAUAUUUUUCUGGAAUUGGCUUGCUGGAAAGAAAUAUCAUGGCAGUGGGGGCGGAGAUAAUUUUUUUGACCUUUUGACCAAUAACAACAUCCGAAUUGUGGUGUCUUUCAGUGCAGACCCAAAGCCAAUCAACAAGAGUCAACUACAAGACCAGAUUGAGACGCAAAAGUUGAAAGGCAAUAUGGUGUCUGUUGCACAAUCUUUGUGUAACAGUCUACCAAACUGUUUGGUGCACGCUGUCAGUCGGUAUAAAAAAAUGGAAGAAAUGAACAAUUUCCAACCUGAAUGUUACUAUUAUGGGAUACACAAAAGGGCAUACCUCUGCAUUCAUUCUGAGUAACUAUGUAUGAAGCAGAAGAUACAAUGAAAAGACAAUCAGUCUGAAUGAUUUAAUUCCAAAAGAAAACUUCAACAAUUUAUCCUACUCACUGGUAAUGCAAAUGCUAGUGGAAAUAUUAGUCUCACUAGUUAUUAUCUAGCAAUG